AUGAAGGUCGCGGUGGUCGGGUGUUGCCACGGAGCCCUCAAUACCAUAUAUGCCCUGAUACCUCUUGACACCGAGUUGCUACUUAUAUGUGGAGACUUUCAGGCAUUCCGCAACCCGCUGGAUAUGGAGGCAGCGCUGAUACCACCGAAAUAUCGAAGCAUGAUGGACUUCCACGAAUACUACAGCGGGGAGCGAGAGGCUCCUGUCAUGACGAUUGUUAUUGGAGGUAACCACGAGAGCUCUUCGUAUCUACAGGAGCUACGAUUCGGAGGCUGGCUAGCACCGAACAUCUACUAUCUCGGUGAAGUUGGCGCAGUAUGGUACCGAGGCUUGGUCAUUGCAGGUGUGCUGGGUAUAUACAACCAACGAAGCUUCUACAGGAAAGCUCCCGAUGAACAAUUACCCUACACGUCCGAUACAGUUCGCCUGGUAUACCAUACCAAGCCACGACAAUUGCUUAAAGGCUUGUUACUUCCCAGCGAUGAAAUUGACGUGUUCCUCAGUCACGAUUGGCCUAGUGGCAUCGAACAUUACGGGAACACCCGUAAACUCAUCCAAAAGAAACCCCAUUUCGGUCCCUCAAUUGACGAGCGGCUGUUAGGGCUGCCAAUAGCGAUGACGUUAUUGAAAAGUUUAAGGCCUCGACACUGGUGUUCAGGCCAUUUGCAUGUCCGGUACGAAGCAGAAUACAAGCAUAACGAGUCAGUUAAUGCUCAUGAGAUCGAAUUGAACAUGGACGAUGACUUUAAUGAGGAUAACACCCACCAGCGUGGUUCAUCGACAUCAUUUUUAGCAUUAGACAAACCCGGUCGCCGGCGAAGUUUCAUUGGCGUGUUGAACGUUGAGCCUCAACCACAGCACUUGGGCCAUCCCAGCUUGAAUAGCGACCAAUUGUGGUAUUUUGAGCCCAUGGCUCGCAUCAACCACCAGGUGGAUCGGCUUGGCCCGGUAGUCGGAACACCGACGGCCAUCGAGAAUCCGAAGGGCUGGAAAAUAGGCAACGUUGUACGCGGUAAAGUAGAGCUGAUGGACAGGUUUCCCGAAACACCCGUGCCCAAUGAUUUCUCUAUCGUGGCUCCUACAGAUGCCUCACUGCUACAGUCAUGGCCUAACCCUCAGACUAGCCUGUAUCGCCAAAGGUACGAUCUUAGCAUAGUCUAA